CUGAGCGACUUGGGGCUGAAGGAUGUGGACGAGCCCACGCUGCACGAGGUGCCGCUUCCUGGACUCUUCUCAGACGACCAGCAGUUCGCCCUGCUGCUCAAGGUGGUGCAGGCUCUGCUGCACGAGGGCCGCCCCAUGGAAGCUGAGUGCCUUGUCGAGACCGCUCUUUCCCGGAACCUUCCCAAGCCCAUGCGGAAGCAGCUGCAGUCAGCCAUUGCUGAGGAGGCGAGUGGCAUGCUGCAGUUUGAGGUGGCGCGGGCCAUCAUCAGCGAGCAGCCUCACAGCAUCCGCGGCUGGUCGCUCUUCCACUCCCUCACCCUCCGGGGCACGGAGAGCAACGACCGGCGCGCCAAGUUCCUGCAGCAGAUGCGCAUGCGGCACCCGGCAUGUGUGGCAGCAGUGCUGGUGUCGGGCCACCACCAUGCGCUGCGCGGACACAUGCAGGGCGCCUGCCGCGAGUACCUGCGUGCUCAUCGCCUGCAGCCCCACGACCCGCUCAUCUGCCUCUGCUGCGGAGUGGCGCUGCUGAAUCUCUCCCUGGGCUCGCGCCUGCGUGACCGCAGCCAGUGUGUGCUGCAGGGCAUGGCGCUGCUGCAGCAGUACGCCCAGCUCUCAGGCGACACUCAG